AUGGCUGCUCCACAAUCCACCAACGGGAUCACCACCGAGCUGGUCCUCUCCGAGAUCCUCACAACGCUCAAGAAAAUACAAGUCGACCAAGCAAACCUCGCUGCCAACAUGGAGUCCCUCCAGAGCAGGGUCGAGACCUCGCAGUCUGUGAACCAACUACGUGGCGCUCCUCAGUCUCGAACGAGCAUCAGAGACUCGCCCAGCUUGGAUCCCAUCCAACUGGGCAAGUCCGCGAGCGGCGCUUCUUCUCCUCCCACAGACUCCAGCUUGGCUCCCAGAGCACCGUCAUCACCCACAACCCCGGCAAGGAAGUCAUCGGCUACCUCACGAAUCAUCCUCACCACCUACCCCGGACAGUCAGGGAUCGACCCCAUCCCUCUUGACUGGGGCGAACCCAAUCCCAUCAAACGCGGCCCUGUCGUGGUGAGUCGCCACCACAACACCAUCCGCCGUCGAAACGCAAUCGGCGCUCACGGCGGAGCCUACAGCAUCUACCACGCUCUCGCCGUGGCGAGCAACAAUCUCGACCUGGAGCACAAACCGGACUUCACCAACACCGAGCCGGCCGCGAACAUUGGGCCCUUUCCGGCAUGGGGUGACAAGAAGAAAAUCGUCGCCAUGGACCCCUUUGGUCAUCUGGCCCCUUGGCUAUACAAGGACCUCAUGCAAUCUCAGGACCUCGACAUCCGCCCCACGAUCGCCGUGACCAAGGCGCACAUGAAGAUCCCCGAACUCGAACAGUCCGUGACAGCCGGCCGGUUGAAACCAGAUGGGCGGAUCUGUCUCAAUGAGACGGGGGAACUGAGCGUCACCAAGUUCGCGGUCGAGCCCGUCUGGUAUCUGCCGGGGGUGGCGGAGCGAUUCGGGAUCCACGAAAGCGCCCUUCGACGCGCCCUCUUCGAGCACACGGGUGGGUCGUACCCGGAGCUGGUGACGCGGAACGACAUCAAAGUCUUCCUGCCGCCGAUCGGCGGGUUGACAGUGUACUGCUUCGGCGACCCGGCCAAGAUGGCGGAUCCCAACGUGCGGCUGGCGCUGCGCGUACACGACGAGUGUAACGGCAGUGACGUCUUCGGCUCGGACAUUUGCACGUGCCGGCCGUAUCUGAUAUUUGGGAUCGAGGAAGCGGUCAAGGAGGCGCAAAAGGGCGGGUCUGGCGUGGUGAUUUAUUUCCGCAAAGAGGGCCGUGCGCUGGGCGAGGUCACAAAGUACCUCGUGUACAACGCGCGCAAGCGCGGCGCCGACCGUGCCAGCGAGUACUUCUUGCGCACCGAGAACAUCGCGGGCGUCAAGGACAUGCGCUUCCAGGCCCUCAUGCCUGACAUCCUGCACUGGCUGGGCAUCACCAAAAUAGACCGCAUGCUGUCCAUGUCCAACAUGAAGCACGACGCCAUUGUCGACCAGGGCAUCCCCAUUCUGGAGAGGGUCCCCAUCCCCGACGACAUGAUCCCCGAGGACUCGCGCGUCGAGAUCGACGCAAAGAUCCACGCCGGCUACUUCACCACCGGCAAGGUCAUGACCAUCGAGGAGCUGAACGCCGUACAGGGCCGAAGCUGGGAUGAUAUUGAGCAUUAA